UGAUUUUUUAUAUUAAAAAUAUUAUUCCAGGCAAUGUUGGCUAGCUUAUUUCCCAGUUUCGGACUUACUGUACCUCAGAAGGAGGUUCCAAUUGUCAAAAAGGCUGAACCAGCUAGGAAAGAAGUUAGCAUGAAGCAUUUCUUUACAGGAGCAGUUGCAGGAGCUAUCUCAAGGUCGGCAACAUGCCCUUUGGAGAGACUUAAAAUAUUACGUCAGACCUCAGUGAAGAGCUACUCCAAACUCUCCCUUGACCAGGCUAUGAUGAAAAUCUAUAGAAAGGAGGGAAUAAUAGGAUUCUACAAAGGAAAUGGUGUAAAUGUCUUCAGAGCGUCACCAUGAGCUGCUUUAGAGUUCCUGUUCUACGAAGUGUAUAAAAGCAUGCUGAUUAAGAAUAAGGAUGCCGGUUCUUUUCAAUCAAAGUUGUUGUGCGGAGCUCUGACAGGGAUCACAGCUAACACUAUUACAUAUCCGCUGGACUUGGUGAAAACUAUUCUAUCAGUACAGCUGAACCCGAGACACUAUAAGAAAGGGAUCCUCGGUCACUUAAAAAUUAUCUAUACUAAAGAAGGUAUUUUAGGUUUCUACAAAGGCUGGGCUACUACCAUGGUUGGGAUAGCUCCAUACAUCGCUAUCAAAAUGGCUACCUUUGACGUUCUCAAGACCCAAUUCUGCCCUGAUAAAGAUACCCCUCACUUCGAUAUGAUUAACCUUGCAUGUGGAGCUGCUGCAGGAAUGAUCUCAAUGGGCGCCACAUACCCCCUAGACUUAGUGAAAAGAAGAAUUCAAUUAGCUGGACUAAACAAGCACGCAAGACCAUACGAUGGUCUACUUCACUGCAUUGUCUCAAUGAUGCUUUACGAGGGCCCAAGAAGUUUCUGGAAAGGCCUGAAUCCCUGUAUCCUCAAAAUGAUUCCAGCUACAGCCAUCUUAUUUGCCGUAAACGAAAGACUCAAGAAAUGGAUGUCAGUUGAAUAAUUUCAACAAGAUCAUAUUCCGAA